ACACAUCAAUCGAAGAUGUUUAAAAAAUCCAAAAAUAAACACAUAACACCACCAAGCCCUCCAACAUUGGACGAAAUACUCUCCGAUAUACAAGUCGAUAUUGAUCUGCCAACAGUUAAUCACAACAAUGCUAAUCACAAAUCAUCAUCAGCCACCACAGAACCUGCCACGAAUCUGGAAUCAUGGUGGCAAGUAUUUGAACAAUUUAUGAGUGAUCUCAAAUGCUUGGAAAUGGUACACAGUGAACUGGAGGGAUGUAAACUGAAAUUGGAAUCGCAAAAGUUAGAAAUUGAAACCGAAUCGAAACUAUUGAAAAAUGAUAUCGAUGAGCAGAAGAAUUUAAUAAAAGAGGCCUUAGAUUAA